GUCUGUAAAGUGUUCAACGGUGUUGUGUCUUCUUCUAGUUUCAAGAUUUCAAUUAAUAGAAAUCAAAAUCAAUCGUCAUGCCAGAGCAAAUGAAUGAUUCAAGCUAUUUCAUACCACCGGAGCUCGUAAUCGACAUAUUCUUGAGAUUACCAGUCAAAACACUAAUUCGAUGCACCUCUGUUUGUAAAUCAUGGUACGCUCUAAUCAGAAACCCUAAUUUCGUCGCUUUACAUUUCAAUUCAAAUGGCAGUUAUCGUCCAGAGUGUCGCGAUAAUGGAUAUGUUCUAUUGGGAUGCACUAAUUUCUGCCAUAUAGUUUGCGAUAGAAGUUUUAAAUCGCUCUACGCUGUUGAAACCCCUUUCGCUGUUGGACCUAAUCGAAAGUCAUCGUUAAACUUCAUCGGUUCAUGUAACGGAUUGCUAUGUUUAGCACCUGGAUUGGAGUAUAAUUUGGGGAACGAUGUGUAUAUCUGGAAUCCAUCAAUCAGAAGCCAUAAAAAGCUUCCGCCAUCACAAUUUUCCGAUGAGUUCACCGACGAAAGGUGGAUGGUUUCUCGUUUGGGAUUCGGGUUUCAUGAAUCGACAAACGACUACAAAGUUAUCAGACUGAUUUACUUUCCAGAGUGCCGUAAUUUCACCUCUGUGGAUGCCGCACCUUUGGUUGAAGUUUACAGUUUGAAAACAGAUUCAUGGAGGAUAAUUCGCACUGAAGUUCCACCCAUUGUUACUCAAAGUGUAGUGACAUUUCACAAGGGUUUCUUUUACUGGAUGGGUUUCAAGAGCAUUCGCGAUGAUCCAAUGGAGAAUUACAUCAUGUCAUUUGAUCUUGACAAUGAGAAAUUCAAAGAGAUUGAACAGCCUUCUGUUGAUUUUCCAUUUUCUCUUUUGUCAGUGAGGGGAUCAUCUGGUUCUUUAUUUGCUAUCUACUCAAAGUUCUUUGGUGGACAAAAUGACAUCUUGGUGUUAUGGAAGAUGGAUGAAUAUAGCAAAAGUUGGACAAAAGCAUACACAAUUCAGUGUAACAGAGGUGUGUGGUGGACUAUAGGAUUUACAAAAAGUGGGAAAUUUCUUUAUGCUAAUUUGGAGAAAAAGCUUGUUUCUUUUGAUCUUGAAAGCCUGGAAACUCAAGUUCAUGAUCUUGGAAUCUCUUUUAGUCGAUCUGCAGUCGAUAUUAAUUAUAUGGAAAGUCUUCUGUUAUUUGAUCAUUGAUGUGAUGUUAUUCGAGGACACAGGUAAGUUUGCUAAUUUACUUCUUUAACCCUGUGCAGUCAUGUUAGUUAUCAUAGAAAAAAAAAUAGUCAUGUAAGGUUUUUUAUAUGUUUAGUAUUGAUAAAUACGAUGUAUAUAGUCAAAAAUUGAUACUUAUUGUUAUAUGUAAUUUACAAUUUGGAAAUAAUAUGAUUUACUUGAAAUG